CAUGCGCAACAGGAGCACGUGGCGCCUAGGCUGGAAGCGCGCUCUAAGCUCCGCUUCUGGGGACCUGCGUGUUUCAACGUUGGAAGCGACCCAACAGAAGGGGAAAGAGAUGGAAAAGCAGGACCCAGAAGGCCCAGAACCUGGUGUCGAAUCCUGUGAGACAGCUGUGCCAGAGACCUGGAAUCUGGAGCCCCAGAACUCAGAAGUCCUUUCCCAACGCUUCUGGCGGUUCUGCUACUGUGAUGCCGAUGGACCCCGAGAGGUUUGCAGCCAGCUCCAUGGACUUUGCAACUGCUGGCUGAAGCCAGAGAGGCACUCCAAGAAGCAAAUCCUAGACCUGGUGAUCCUGGAGCAGUUCCUGACCAUCCGCACUGAAGAGACUGUGUUGAGCCGUACUUUUUGA